AUGGGCUCUCAAGCUCCGCCUCCCGAAGCGAACAAUACGCCUACGCAUCCCACGCUCCGCUACGCAGAUAUCGGCAUCAAUCUCUCCGACACCAUCUUCCGCGGCCACUACCAUGGCAAGCAAGCUCACGAAGAUGACCUCCAACAUGUCGUCUCCCGAGCUCGUGCCGCCGGUGUUCAAAAGAUGAUGAUCACGGGAUCCGACUACACAGAAAGCAAGAAUGCCAUCAAUCUCGCGGAGGAAUACCCAGGACUAUGCUACGCGACCGUCGGCGUUCACCCUUGCUCCGCAUCAACAUUCGCAAAGGCACCACAGGGAGGGGACCAACUGUUGAAGGAACUGGGCCAACUAGCAAGAGAAGCGAGGGACAAUGGCACAGCGACGGCGUUCGGCGAGAUCGGGCUCGACUACGACCGCUUGACAUUAUGCGACAAGGAAACACAAUUGACCUGGUUCGCGAAGCAACUAGAUCUCGCAGCGGAACUGAACAUGCCACUCUUCCUGCACUCCCGCGCCGCAGCCUCCGACUUCGAACGUCUCCUUACCUCCCGCCUGGAACAGCUUCCCAAACGAGGCGUAGUCCACUCCUUCACCGGCUCCCUGGAAGAAAUGCAACGCAUCGUGGCUCUGGGUUUCGACGUAGGUAUCAAUGGCUGUAGCAUGAAGACGGAGGAGAAUUUGGCAGUAGUGAAGGAGGUGCCGCUGGAGAGAUUGCAAAUCGAGACGGAUGGGCCGUGGUGUGAGAUGAGACCGAGUCAUGCCAGUGCGAAGUUUUUGGGGGAGGCGCCGGAGUUGCCCAAGGCGGUGAAGAAGGAGAAGUGGAAUGAGGAGUGUAUGGUGAAGGGGAGAAAUGAGCCGUGUGCUAUCAGUCAGGUUGCGUAUGCGAUUGCGGCGGUGAAGGGGGUGCCGGUGGAGGAAGUUUGUGAGGCGGCAUGGAACAAUUCAAUACGCAUGUUUGGGUUGGGGGAGUCGGCUUCUUGA